AUGGAAACUAAACAUCCAGAGGAGAAAGAGACGUGGCUAAAUGAGAAGUCAAAGGAUGAAUUAGCGCCCCGUGCUGUGGUUGAUGGUGUGGUUAAUGGUGUGGUUGAUGAUGUUGUUGAUGGUAUGGUUGAUGGUAUGGUUGAUGGCGUGGUUGAUGGUGUGUCUGAUGCUGUGGUUGAUGGUGUGUCUGAUGCUGUGGUUGAUGGUCUGGUUGAUUGUGUGGUUGAUGCUGUGGUUGAUUGUGUGGUUGAUAGUGUGGUUGAUGGUGUGGUUGAUGGUAUGGUUGAUGCUGUGGUUGAUGGUCUGGUUGAUGGUGUGGUUGAUGGUGUGGUUAAUGCUGUGAUUGAUGCUGUGAUUGAUGCUGUGGUUGAUGAUGUUGUUGAUGGUGUGGUUGAUGAUGUGGUUGAUGGUAUGGUUGAUACUGUGGUUGAUGAUGUGGUUGAUGAUGUUGUUGAUGGUGUGGUUGAUGAUGUGGUUGAUGGUAUGGUUGAUGAUGUGGUUGAUGAUGUGGUUGUUGGUGUGAAUGAUGCUGUGGUGUGUUUCAGCAGGGGAGGCCAUUGCUCGAGUAGAACUUUGCUGGAGAAAAUUCUUGUCGUGCUGCUGGUUGCCGCCCUUGUCGCCUUUGUCAUUACAGUUAUCUCCCUGCUGAUAGAAAAACAUAACAAGUCGACGCCCGUUGGUCAAGGUAUAUGUGUCACUCGGGAAUGUGUUCAAACAGCGGCGCGGGUUGCGAGCUUCAUAGACUUCGAUGUGGACCCUUGCGACAACUUCUACCAGUUCGCCUGUGGUGAUUGGAUGAAAGAUCACGUGAUACCAGAGGACAAGUCCUACCUCAACAUGUUCGGGAUCCUGGAGGACCGGGUCGACAUCAUCGUUAAACGUUUGUUAGAAGAAGAGGUGCCUGAAGAUAUACCAAGUAUCAAGAAGGCUAAGGAUCUGUUCUAUUCUUGCAUGGACAUGAAACAAAUUAAUGCACUCGGUGAUAAACCUUUGAAGGAACUGCUGAUCAAAAGCUUUGGCGGCUGGCCCUUGACUCACGCUGACUGGAAGGAAAGUGACUUUGACUUGGAGUCAACUAUGGUGAAGCUCAACAUGAACGGUCUCUUUGUGAUUCUGCUCUUUGGUUCUUCCUACAACUACAAGAACUCGUCCAAAUAUUCACUCAAUAUUGACCAGCCGGUGAUGUACGGGCUGCCAGGUGUGAAGUACUACCUGGUGGAGCGGAACGACACCAACCUGGCUUCAUACGAGGACUACAUCUACGGUGUCGGCAACUUGAUGGGAUUCGCUGACCCCAGGACUGCCAGGAAGGACAUUGAAGCGCUCGUGGAUUUCGAGAUUCUCCUGGCCAAUAUCUCCGUGUUGGGUGAGAUGAGGCGAGACAUGAACAGCCUGUACAACCCAAUGACUUUAGAGGAGAUUGAUGGAAACUAUAGCUCGGCCUUCAACUGGACCCGGUACGCCAGCAUCAUUUUCUCACAUUCCGAGAUCGGCAUCAAGGACGUCACAAGUCGCGAGACCAUCAUCAACAGAUCGCCGCCAUAUUUCCAGCGGCUGACGGAAGUGCUGCGCACAACACCCAAAAGGACCUUGGCCAACUUCCUGUUGUGGCGACUGAUCCACGAGUACACGAAACAUAUGGGAGAAAAAUACCUGGCGCUCAGGAUGGCCCAUGAAAAGGCUAUUUUAGGAGUUGCUGCCCCUGAGCCCAGGUACUCCACCUGCAUUAAGCUGGUCACAGACAAGUUGAGUCUGCCCGUGGGUCGGCUCUUUGUACAGGACAACUUCGACAUGGAGGCGGAGAAUGUGGCCCUGGACAUGAUCAAAGAGCUCAAGGUGUCGUUUGACGAGUUGCUGGAGUUUGUGGACUGGAUGGAUGAGGGCACCAAACGUGUGGCUACUGAGAAGAAUGCUUACAUAGGAUACAAAAUUGGGUAUCCAAAAGAGCUCUACAACGACACCUAUAUAGAGGAGAUGUAUAUGAAUCUAACGUAUGACAAGAAUAAGCUGUUUGAAAAUUUACUGACCAACACAAAAGAAGAUUUUUUCAACCUUUUCAGAAACUUGAGGAAGGAGGUGGACAAAGAAAAAUGGGCCAAAUCACCUACUAUAAUUAACGCACACUACAAUGCCGCUCUUAAUCAAAUAAUGUUUCCUGCAGCAAUUUUCCAACCACCUUUUUUCAGCAAAACUUUUCCCAAGUCAAUGAACUUUGGAGGUAUUGGUGUGGUUAUAGGACACGAAAUCACUCACGGCUUUGAUGACAAAGGCCGUCAAUUGGACAAAAAUGGGAAUUUAGCGGAAUGGUGGACGCAGUCAGCUAUAGAGAAGUUCAAGAACAAAGCUCGGUGUAUUGUAGAACAAUAUGGGAACUUUACAUUGACACAGAUCAAUACAAAGCUGAAUGGCAUCUUGACUCAGGGAGAAAAUAUCGCCGACAAUGGCGGCCUCAAGCAAGCCUUUAGGGCCUACAGGAACUGGGUACAAAUGAGAGGUAAAGAAGAAGACUUGCUACCUGGUCUAAACUUCACACACAAUCAGUUGUUCUUCAUUAACUUUGCUCAGCUGUGGUGUACUUUAAGGACGAAGGAAUACGCUUUAGCCAGCAUCAGAACAGGUUCACACAGCCCUGGGGAGUUCAGAGUUAUCGGCAGUGCCCAGAACUCGAGGGAAUUCUCUGAGGCUUUUAAAUGUCCGCUCAACUCCAACAUGAACCCUGAGACUAAGUGUGCAGUCUGGUAGUCCGGCAUCCGGCAUCCGGCAGGAGUUUUCUGGAAGAUCUUGGCAGUGUUUGUUUUUUGUAGGGGGUUUUAAUGAGGGUGUUACGUUAGUUUGUUGGUAGUUCUUAAUGAGUGAAGAUUGAAUUAACAGUUUAAGCUUAAAGGUACGUGUUUGACUUAACGUUGCAUUUGGUCGUCUGAUGUGGUUCCUUGAUACAAACGCUUCAUCGCCGUGGGUUAAACACAUUGACUGCUGGUAGUUCGACCUAUCCGUUUGACGGCUGCUAGGCAGACGUUCUGAAAGUUUGACGGCUGCUAGGCAGACGUUCUGAAAGUUUGACGGCUGCUAGGCAGACGUUCUGAAAGUUUGCCGGCUGCUAGUCGCACGUUCUGAAAGUUUGAC